GCUAGGACUGCAGAGGGGCCCAGCAUGGUGUUCCCGGGACCCCUGGCUGUCACCCUGUUGCCGCCCAGCCUCACACUGCUGGUGUUCCACCUGUCCUGCUCCACCGAUGCCAGCAGCGAGCAGAAGCUGUGCGCCCUGAGGGAGCACCCCACUGUGGCCUUUGCAGAUCUGAAGCCAUGGGUCUUUAACUUCACCUACCCUGGAGCCCGAGAUUUCUCCCAGCUUGCUCUGGAUCCCUCCAGGAACCAACUCAUCGUGGGAGCCAGGAACUACCUCUUCAGACUCAGCCUUGCCAAUGUUUCCCUCCUUCAGGCCACGGAGUGGGCCUCCAAUGAGGACACGCGCCGCUCCUGCCAAAGCAAAGGGAAGACUGAGGAGGAGUGUCAGAACUACAUGCGAGUCCUGAUUGUCACUGGCCGGAAAGUGUUCAUGUGCGGGACCAAUGCCUUUUCCCCGGUGUGCUCCAGCAGACAGGUGGGGAACCUCAGCCGGACCAUAGAGAAGAUCAAUGGUGUGGCCCGCUGCCCCUACGACCCACGCCACAACUCCACAGCUGUCAUCUCCUCUCAGGGGGAGCUGUACGCGGCCACCGUCAUUGACUUCUCAGGGCGGGACCCCGCCAUCUACCGCAGCCUAGGCAGCGGGCCACCACUGCGCACCGCCCAGUAUAACUCCAAGUGGCUCAAUGAGCCAAACUUCGUGGCAGCUUACGAUAUUGGGCUGUUUGCAUACUUCUUCCUGCGGGAGAACGCGGUGGAGCACGACUGCGGACGCACCGUGUACUCUCGGGUGGCCCGAGUGUGCAAGAAUGACGUGGGGGGCCGCUUCCUACUGGAGGACACAUGGACCACGUUCAUGAAGGCCCGGCUCAACUGCUCCCGCCCAGGCGAGGUCCCCUUCUACUACAAUGAGCUGCAGAGUGCCUUCCACCUGCCUGAGCAGGACCUCAUCUACGGGGUCUUCACUACCAACGUAAACAGCAUCGCCGCUUCUGCUGUCUGCGCCUUCAACCUCAGUGCCAUCUCCCAGGCUUUUAAUGGCCCAUUUCGCUACCAGGAGAACCCCAGGGCUGCCUGGCUCCCCAUCGCUAACCCCAUCCCCAACUUCCAGUGCGGCACUCUGCCAGAGGUGGGCCCCAAUGAGAACCUGACGGAGCGCAGCCUGCAGGACGCUCAGCGCCUGUUCCUGAUGAGCGAGGCUGUGCAGCCGGUGACACCCGAGCCCUGUGUCACCCAGGACAGCGUGCGCUUCUCACACCUCGUGGUGGACCUGGUGCAGGCCAAGGACACGCUCUACCACGUGCUCUACAUCGGCACGGAGUCGGGCACCAUCCUGAAGGCACUGUCCACGGCGAGCCGCAGCCUCCGCGGCUGCUACCUGGAGGAGCUGCACGUCCUGCCCCCCGGGCGCCGCGAGCCCCUUCGCAGCCUGCGCAUCCUGCACAGCGCCCGCGCGCUCUUCGUGGGGCUGAGCGACCGCGUGCUGCGGGUCAGUUUGGAUGGCUGCACCAGCUUGCAUUCCCACCAACAGGCGUGCCUAGGGGCCCGGGACCCAUACUGCGGCUGGGACGAGAAGCAGCAACGUUGCAGCACGCUUGAGGACAGCUCCAACAUGAGCCUCUGGACCCAGAACAUAACAGCGUGUCCUGUGCGAAAUGUGACUCAGGAUGGGGGCUUCGGCCAGUGGUCACCAUGGCAACCAUGUGAGCACUUAGAUGGGGACAAUUCAGGAUCUUGCCUGUGUCGGGCCCGAGCCUGUGACUCCCCCCGACCCCGCUGUGGGGGCCGAGACUGCCUGGGGCCAGCCAUCCACAUCGCCAACUGUUCCAGGAACGGAGCGUGGACCCCGUGGUCCUCGUGGGCCCUGUGCAGCACGUCCUGUGGGAUCGGAUUCCAGGUGCGGCAGCGAAGUUGCAGCAACCCCGCUCCCCGCCACGGGGGCCGCAUCUGCGUGGGCAAGAGCCGGGAGGAGCGGUUCUGUAACGAAAACACGCCUUGCCCGGUGCCCAUCUUCUGGGCGUCAUGGGGCUCCUGGAGCAAGUGCAGCAGCAACUGUGGGGGCGGCGUGCAAUCGCGGCGGCGGUCCUGUGAGAACGGCAACUCCUGCCCUGGCUGUGGCGUGGAGUUCAAGACGUGCAACCCCGAGGGCUGCCCGGAAGUGCGGCGCAACACGCCGUGGACGCCGUGGCUGCCCGUGAACGUGACUCAGGGCGGGGCGCGGCAGGAGCAGCGCUUCCGCUUCACGUGCCGCGCUCCCCUGCCGGACCCGCACGGCCUGCAGCUUGGCCGGAGGAGGACAGAGACCAGAACCUGCCCGGCGGACGGCUCGAGAGCCUGCGACACCGACGCCCUGGUGGAGGAUCUCCUGCGCAGCGGGGGCACCUCCCCGCACUCGGUGAGCGGGGGCUGGGCCGCGUGGGGCCCGUGGUCGUCCUGCUCCCGGGACUGCGAGCUGGGCUUCCGCGUCCGCAAGAGAACGUGCACGAACCCGGAGCCCCGCAGCGGAGGCCUGCCAUGCAUAGGCGACGCCGCCGAGUACCAGGACUGUAACCACCAGGCUUGUCCAGUGCGGGGUGCCUGGUCCUGCUGGACCUCCUGGUCCCCGUGCUCAGCCUCCUGUGGUGGAGGCCACUAUCAACGCACACGUUCCUGCACCAGCCCCGCGCCCUCCCCAGGCGAGGACAUCUGUCUUGGUCUGCACACAGAGGAGGCGCUGUGUGCUACACAGGCUUGCCCAGAAGGCUGGUCACCGUGGUCCGAGUGGAGUGCAUGCACGGAGGACGGAGCCCAGAGCCGCAGCCGACACUGUGAAGAGCUGGUCCCAGGGCCCAGCGCCUGCGCCGGAAACAGCAGCGAGAGCCGCCCCUGCCCCUACGGCGAGAUUCCUGUGAUCCUGCCUGCCUCCAGCAUGGAGGAGGCCACCAGCUGUGGAGGGUUCAGUCUCAUCCACCUGGUAGCCACAGGCGUCUCCUGCUUCCUGGGCUCUGGGCUGCUGACCUUGGCCGUGUACCUGUCCUGCCAGCACUGCCGGCGCCAGUCCCAGGAAUCCACACUCGUCCACCCUGCCACCCCCAACCACCUGCACUACAAGGGUGGGGGCACCCCCAAGAACGAGAAGUACACACCCAUGGAGUUCAAGACCCUGAACAAGAAUAACCUGAUCCCCGAUGACAGAGCCAGUUUCUACCCAUUGCAGCAGACCAAUGUAUACACAACCACCUACUAUCCCAGCCCACUGAACAAACACAGCUUCCGGCCUGAGGCCUCACCUGGACAACGGUGCUUCCCCAACAGCUGA